GUACAUCUAUCAUGACUAAAGGCUUGGUUACUUAUGGCAAAGACCGUUUACGAAAAGGAAAUAGGCGACGGCGACAAGGAUGUGCGCUAAGGCACCGAUGAAGAUUUUGGAGAAAAGAUGGCAAAAGAAAAUAGAGUAAAGAACAUCAGGGACCUUUAAAAACUUUGUAGUAAACUUGAGAAGAAAAUGGUACCAAUUCUUUUGAUCAAUUUUACCAAAUCAAAUGAGGAAUGAUCCUCGAACGCAAUUUAUGCAACUGCGUAAGAAGGCAGGGAAAAAAAAUCAGGAAUUCAACGGGGUUUGAACCCGUGACCUCGCGAUACCGGUGCGAUGCCCGAAAUAACUGAGCUAUGAAGCCACUGAUGUUGGGAGCUGGUCAAUUAUGUGUUCAUAUGUUCCCGUGAAAGAAAUGAUUGUGAUAGAUGUAUAUGACAGAUAUGAGAGAGGAAGGGGAUGGUGCGGUGUUAGAGCCCGCUUAUAGAAAAGUUACUGAUCCACAACUCUCUCUUCUUGUUUUGUUUGUUAGAUGAUACUUUAAUGAAACCCUUCGAUCUGACAACCUGUCGAAGCAAACUAGAAGGUCAUUACUUAAAAACAUCAACCGUUCCCACCUCUGUUUGGAGUAAGAAAGCUGUUGUUGACAUUCACCAGAUCUACACUCGGCUAUCCUUUGUGAAAGAUCCGGAGAAAACCCCAGCUGGAAUAACACAGUCUGAGCCAACCUCGUUCUCUCUCUCUCGCUCCGUAGGGCAGGUAGGAAAGAACCCUGGGAACAAGAAUGAGUCUGAGCUAAAGCAUUACAGUGACCUUUUCACUACAAACAAGAACGGCGUCAUUCCAAAGAGAAUACUCGUACAAGGGCCGACGGGAAUUGGAAAGAGCACGUUUGUUAAGAAGCUGCUUGUGGACUGGAUUGAAGUUAAUGAGGGGAAUGGCGAUGAGCAAGCUGCUGUUCUAAAAAAUUUUGAGCUUGUAGUUGCUGUAAAUCUCAAAGAAGUGUCCAAAUGUCAAAGCCUUGUAGAUGUCAUAAGAAAUUCCAACGUGUUUGCAAAGGAAGACAAAUUUAUGACAGAGGGCCUUGUUGAUUAUAUCAGCAACAACCAAGAGAAAGUUCUUCUGAUCUUUGACGGCUACGACGAAUAUCGCAUGGGAUGCAACUCAGAAAUAUACGAGAUUUUUCAUGGAAAUAGUUUGAGAAGCUGCUGUGUACUGAUAACGACUCGUAUUUCAAAAGCUGACGAGCUACGAGGAGGUGAAGACCUGCAUGCUGAAAUUACAGGGUUUAGCAAAGUAGACAGAGAAGACUUUAUGCGUAGAUUUCUCAACAGCGAAGACGUUUCAGAGUUAGAGGGUCACCUAGAUGAGAAGGAUUUAGACCAACUGGCAAAAGUCCCCUUACUUCUCCUGUUUUUCUGCAUUCUGUGGAAACAAGGGAAGUCAAAAAGCUUUCCAGAAUCUAAAACUAAAUUGUACUUGGACAUCGUCCAGUUCAUUUUAAAUCACAGCUAUAGCAAGCAAACAGCUGAUAAAACUAAAACAAAGCAGUAUGUGGAGCUAAAAUCUUAUAAAGAGAUCCUCUCUGAAAUAGGUAAAGUUGCUUUACAAAGUCUCCUGAAGGAUGAUCAUUUGUUUGAAUACAGUCAGUUGUCCGAUUCUGUCCGUCUUGAUGAAAGCGUCUUCAUUGGUUUGCUUCAAAUCACGGAAUACUCAGAAAACUUACGACCAGUUGGAAUGGUCUCCUUUAUUCACAAGAGCAUACAGGAGUUUCUGGCUGCAUGGUACAUCACCUAUAGAUGUAUACCUGUAAGCGGAAAUCUUGCUGAAAUUGGAGAGAAAUUCGAGGAGUGCAUGGCUUUAGAGAAUGUUUUCCCAUUUCUAUGUGGCUUGAGUCAAGACGGAGCAUUAGCGACUUUCAGGUAUUUGAAGUCUGUCAGAAUGUCAGAUCCUUCGCUGGAUUUAUCUAAAACAGUUCCGGAGGAGGAAAACGAGACAGAUACGCCACUGAGUGACGUCACUGAUUGUCAGAGGAAAUUCAGCGAUUUGGUUUCAAAUGCAUUUGAAGAGGUCGAAUUAAAAGCUGAGCUUUCUAGGGCUUGCUUGGAUUCGCUAGGGAGCAUCCUUCUUGUUACAGAGUCAUUCCCCAAUUACCUCUUGCUAAACGCGAUUGAUACAAACUCGUGGUCUUUGGUGUCACAUGAAAGAGACUGUUAUCUCGCACAAGCCACAAUCUCGAGACUUUAUGAGAUAGUUAAAAAACUGAUUAUCGAAAGUUCUGAAGCUCUCAGAGUUGCAGAAUUUUUAGAAAAAUUCGUACAUAGUUAUGAUAUUUGGUGCUUCAAGUGUGGUUUUUCCUUUGUACUUUGUUUUCGUAAUGGCCAGGUCUACUUUUACAUCACACGCUUGACGAAUUGGUGCGAAAACCACGCCAAACUAAUCGCUGAUAAUGCAGUUUCUUCACAUUCAGUACAUCAAAGUUCAGGACAGUUAAGUCUGGAAUUUCUGAAAACUCUUGAGUGCCAGUACAUUGAACAUUCAAUGACGAGUCUUGGUGCAGCUAUCAAAAAUUGUAAUUAUUUGGAACACUUAGAGGUUUUAUGGAGUAAUAAUUACUUAUCUCAUAUCUUAAAGAAUGUACCAAAUCCUCGCAAAUGCUCUUUAUCUACCACGUUUUGUUCCUUAACAUCAAAGGAAGCAGUAGAGCUGGCAUCUUUGUUACCAAAGUUUGAACUUGUCAUUCGUCUUUCCCUUUGCUUGGCUAAUUGCUCCGCCGAAGCUGUAGCAAGAUUGGUUGCCUCUAUUAAGCACAAGACUCUCAAGGAACUGGAACUGAGUGAAAUGAACCUGACGACUGCAGCAGCCCAGUCUCUCGGUCAGUCGCUGCCUGAAUUAUCAGCCUUGCAAACACUGAGGAUAAGUGACGUGACUUUGUGCUCUGCUGAAGCAGGAACAAGACUCUUUGCUGGUAUCAAGCACAAGACUCUGAAGGAACUGAAACUGAGUGAGCUCUACCUGACGACUGCAGUAGCCGAGUCGCUCGGUCAGUCGCUGCCUGAAUUAUCCGCCUUGCAAACACUGUGGAUACGUGACGUGACUUUGUGCUCUGCUGAAGCAGGAACAAGACUUUUUGCCGGUAUCAAGCACAAGACCCUCGAGGAUCUGGAACUGAGUAAAAUCAACCUGACGACUGCAGCAGCCGAGUCGCUCGGUCAAUCACUGCCUGAAUUAUCAGCCUUACAAGCACUGGAGAUAGGCAGCUUGUCUUUAUGCUCUCCUGAAGCAACAACAAGACUUUUUGCAGGUAUCAAGCACAAGACUCUCGAGACUCUGGAACUGAGUGAACUGUACCUGACGACUGCAGCAGCCCAGUCGCUCCGUCAGUCGCUGCCUGAAUUAUCCGCUUUGCAAACACUGAAGAUAAGUGAUGUGACUUUGUGCUCCGCUGAAGCAGGAACAAAACUUUUUGCCGGUAUCAAGCACAAGACUCUCGAGAAACUGGAACUGCGUGGAAUGAACCUGACGUCAGCAGUAGCCGUGGCGCUGGGUCAGUCGUUGCCUGAAUUGCCAUCCCUACAAAUUCUGACGAUAAGUGGCUCGGAUGGAUGCAGUUUGCAGUUAGAGUUUCUAGUAUUAGGAGAACUGAAGAUAAAUGACUGGCCUGAAUUCUCUGCUGAAUUAGUAACAAGAUUGAUUAACGUUAUUAAGCCAAAGCGUCUUGAGGUACUGGAACUAACUGAAAUCCAUCUGACGUCGGCAGAGGCCAAGGCGCUUGGUCAGCUGCUGCCUGAAUUAUCAGCCUUAAAAACACUGAAGAUAAGCGAUUUGGUAGAAUGCUCUGAUGAUGCAGUAACAAAAUUGGUUUCCGCUAUCAAGCACAAGACUCUCGAGGAACUGGAACUGUGUCUCAUGAACCUGACGUCAACAGUUGCCGGGUCGCUCGCUCAGUCGCUGCCUGAAUUAUCAGCUUUACGAACAUUGAGAGUAAGUGGUCUGAUAGAAUGUUCUGAUGAAGCAGUUACAAAAUUGGUUACUGCUAUCAAGCACAAGACUCUUAAGAAACUGAAACUGAGUAAAAUGAACCUGACAUCAGCAGCGACCAUGGCCCUGGGUCAGGCGUUGCCUGAAUUAUCAGCCUUACAAACACUGAAGAUAAGUGGCUUGACUGAAUCCUCUGAUGAAGCGGUAGCAAAAUUGGUUACCGGUAUCAAACACAAAACUCUCGAGGAACUGCAACUGAGUGGAAUGAACCUGACGUCAGCAGCAGCUGUGCCGCUGGUUCAGUCGUUGCCUGAAUUGCCAUCCCUACAAAAACUGGAGAUAAGUGGCUCAGAUGGAUACAGUUUGCAGUUAGAGUUUCCAGUAUUUCGAGAACUCAAGAUAAAACGGUGGCCUGAAUUCUCUGCGGAAGCAGUAACAAGAUUGAUUGACGUUAUUAAGCACAAGCCUCUUGAGAAACUGGAAUUGAGUGAAAUCAGCCUGACGUCAGCAGUAGCCGAGGCGCUUGGUCAGUUGCUGCCUGAAUUAUCAGCCUUACAAACACUGAAGAUAAGUGGAUUGACUGAAUGCUCUGAUGAUGCAGUAACAAAAUUGGUUUCCGCUAUCAAGCACAAGACUCUCGAGGAACUGGAACUGUGUCUCAUGAACCUGACGUCAACAGUUGCCGGGUCGCUCGCUCAGUCGCUGCCUGAAUUAUCAGCUUUACGAACAUUGAGAGUAAGUGGUCUGAUAGAAUGUUCUGAUGAAGCAGUUACAAAAUUGGUUACUGCUAUCAAGCACAAGACUCUUAAGAAACUGAAACUGAGUAAAAUGAACCUGACAUCAGCAGCGACCAUGGCCCUGGGUCAGGCGUUGCCUGAAUUAUCAGCCUUACAAACACUGAAGAUAAGUGGCUUGACUGAAUCCUCUGAUGAAGCGGUAGCAAAAUUGGUUACCGGUAUCAAACACAAAACUCUCGAGGAACUGCAACCGAGUGGAAUGAACCUGACGUCAGCAGCAGCUGUGACGCUGGUUCAGUCGUUGCCUGAAUUGCCAUCCCUACAAAAACUGGAGAUAAGUGGCUCAGAUGGAUACAGUUUGCAGUUAGAGUUUCCAGUAUUUCGAGAACUCAAGAUAAAACGGUGGCCUGAAUUCUCUGCGGAAGCAGUAACAAGAUUGAUUGACGUUAUUAAGCACAAGCCUCUUGAGAAACUGGAAUUGAGUGAAAUCAGCCUGACGUCAGCAGUAGCCGAGGCGCUUGGUCAGUUGCUGCCUGAAUUAUCAGCCUUACAAACACUGAAGAUAAGUGGAUUGACUGAAUGCUCUGAUGAAGGGGUAACAAAAUUGGUUUCCGCUAUCAAGCACAAGACUCUCGAGAAGCUGAAACUGAGUGAAAUCCACUUGACGUCAGUAGCGGCCGAGGCGCUUGGUCAGUCGCUGCCUGAAUUAUCGGCCUUACAAACACUGAAGAUAAGUGGAUUGACUGAAUGCUCUGAUGAAGGGGUAACAAAAUUCGUUGCCGCUAUCAAACACAAAACUCUCGAGGAACUGGUACUGAGUGAAAUCAGCUGGACGUCAGUGGCGGCCGAGGCGCUUGGUCAGUCGCUGCCUGAAUUAUCGGCCUUACGAAGACUAGAGAUAAGGGGCGGCUUGUGUAAAUGCAGGUUGCAGCAUAAGGAAGUGGAGGCGUUGUUUGGCAGAUUUAACAGACCUUCUUCUUUAAAGCUAUUGUCGUUUACUGGUUUCACUGCGAGAGGAAGUCUUGCUCCACUUGCGAAAAACCUGUGCCUCUUCCCCUGCUUGAGAGUAUUAAAACUUGAACACUUAGAUAUGGGUGAAGCUGACUUGUCUGGUUUGCUCAAGAAUUUGAAAUUCACUCCUGAUCUUCGAAGUUUGCACCUGAUGGGCAAUCCAGUCGGACACGCAGUAAGAUCAAUGAUCCCAUACUUGUUUGAACAGCAAAAACUUGAAGUGGUUUAUUUUCAGCCAGGAGAUUGUUCGGAAGAAGAUUUGAAGUAUGUUCAGGAGGCCGUCAAAGAA